AGAAUGUUCAAUCUAUCUUUGCAGCAGUUAUCUCUUCCGGCGGAAGUUCGCCCCAAGCUGCUCUCUGUAAUUCGUCUUGUCUUCUUUUGCUGGCUGCUGCGGCGACGGUAGAAUUCCGGCGAGUUCUCUUUUCCCAACCUCCGUUCCUGAUAAAAAUGUACGUUUUGAUAUCUGCGUCUGCCACCAAGCUCAGCUCCAAAUUUGUCUACUGGAAUCCUUUCUUUCAAGACAUUUCCUCAUCCAGAAUCGGGCUUUCCACAGGGUUGGGAGUGGAGAGAAAGAAACAUGAUAAGAAGAGGUUAAUUUCACUAGUGGCGAAAUCCCAAGCGAGUGUGGAGACGAAGCAAGGGCCUCCUGGUAGAAUAGGACCUAGAAAGGGAGGUAGGGAUUUUAUACUGAGUGAAGGGAGGGACGAGGAUGAGAAGCAUGGCCCUAUUUGCCCUGGCUGUGGAGUGUUUAUGCAGGAUCGUGAUCAAAACCUUCCUGGGUUUUUUAAACCCAAGACAGUCACUGUUGUUGAAUUAGAUGAAGAUGAGGAAGAUGGGGAGAUGGGUAUUGGAGAUUAUGCAGAAAGUUCUGAUUUUGAAGAAGAUGAAGGAGGAGAGGGUGAAGAGUUGGUUGGCGGGAUCGGGUUGGAUUUGGACUAUGAUGAACUUGAUGCAAUGUUGAAUGACGAUGAGGAUGAUAUGGAUUUGGAUGGUUUCGUUCCGGCUGGUGUAGGGUACGGGAACAUUACAGAAGAGGUGGUAGAGAAAGAAAUGAGAAGAAAGGAGAUGAAGAAGGUUUCCAAAGCAGAGAGGAAAAGGAAAGCUAGAGAAGCUCACAGGGACAAAGACGAGGUCACCGUAUGUGCUAGGUGCCAUUCUCUCAGGAAUUAUGGUCAAGUGAAGAACCAGACAGCAGAAAAUCUGAUACCUGAUUUCGACUUCGAUAGGUUGAUUUCGACUAGGUUGAUAAAGCCGACAGGGAAUUCUAAUGCAAGUGUCGUGAUUAUGGUCGUUGAUUGUGUCGACUUUGAUGGCUCAUUCCCUAAACGCGCAGCCAAAUCGUUGUUUGAGGCACUAGAAGGAGCCAAAGCUGACCCUAGAGCGAGCAAAAAGCUGCCCAAGCUUGUUCUGGUGGCUACGAAGGUUGAUCUCCUUCCAACACAAAUAUCACCUACUAGAUUGGACAAAUGGGUGAGGCAUCGUGCUAGGGCAGCAGGAGCACCUAAGCUGAGUGGGGUCUUUUUGGUGAGCUCGCGUAAGGAUCUUGGGGUGAAGAACUUGUUAUCAUUUGUGAAGGAAUUGGGUGGUCCUCGUGGCAAUGUGUGGGUUAUUGGUGCUCAAAAUGCUGGUAAGUCUACACUGAUCAAUGCGCUUGCAAAGAAAGGAGGUGCUAAAGUUAGCAAGCUUACAGAGGCUCCUGUUCCUGGUACGACUCUUGGGAUUUUGAGGAUAGGGGGGAUUUUGUCAGCCAAAGCUAAGUUGUAUGAUACUCCGGGUCUUCUACAUCCGAACCUAAUGUCAAUGAGAUUGGACAGAGAUGAACAGAAGAUGAUUGAGAUACGUAAGGAGUUGCAGCCUCGAACUUAUAGAGUAAAAGCUGAGAAUGCCAUUCAUAUGGGAGGUCUGGUGAGACUGGACCUCAACCAAGCUUCUGUAGAUACAAUCUAUAUCACAGUUUGGGCAUCACCAAACAUUUCUCUUCACAUGGGAAAGUUGGAAACUGCAGAUGAGUUCUACAGUAACCAUGUUGGUGUACGGUUGCAGCCGCCAGUGGGCAAAGAACGAGCAAGUGAGCUGGGGGAAUGGGAGACAAGGGAAAUCAAGGUGAGCGGCAGCAGCUGGGACACAAACAGCAUCGACAUUUCGAUUGCUGGGUUAGGUUGGUUUUCAGUGGGUCUUAAAGGCGAAGCGACACUGACUCUACGAACGUACGACGAGGUCGAGAUCACUCUGAGAGAGCCAUUGGUUCUCGACCGAGCGCCUUUCCUGGAGAGGCCAGGGUUUUUGCUACCAAAGGCAAUAUCAGAUGCCGUUGGUAACCAGACGAGGGUUGAAGCAAAGAAGAGGAAACAACUCGAAGAACAAGAAGAAGAUCAGAGCUUAGAACUUGCCUCCGAGAUGGCUUCUUAGACGGCCCAGUUCAAGGUGCUGAUUUUCUUUAUAUUGACAAGUUCGAACUUGCUGCAAUUGCCAAAUUGUCAAAGAGGAGUCUACUUGUCCGAAAUGUCCUUAGACAGCCAAGAUUCCUCGGCGAGGCCCUUUCACAGAGACAAUUGCAUUUGUCGAGAAAGGGACACAUGAGAAAGAUUUAGGAAGACAAGGCUGUUGGGAGAUGAAAACCAGUCUGAGGCAGUGAAUUCCCAAUCAGGUUGCUGCUGUCAAAUGGCUUCUAUAAGUUGAUCCAACUAUUGUUAAGGAAACUCUACAAUGCAUAGCCUAUACAGCAGAUGUAUCAUGUAUGAUGUACCUAUCAUAAUUU